GUGUCAGGCGGCGGCGCGAGCGCGGCUCCCUUGGCGCUGAGGGGGGAGAAAAGGGCUCGAGAAGGGGAGUGAACCGCGGUGGGAGACCCCGGCGCCGGCCCCCAUUUCGGAAGCUCAGGGGUGGUGGUGGGGGGGUGGGGGAAGGCGGCGACGACGGUUGGCACUUAGGGCGACUUCGCUGUUCCGUUCCCCUGACUUGAAUUCGUUGGGGGCUCGCCAAAAUGAGUAUCGAGAUCCCGCAGGGUUUGUCGGAGCUGCUGCAGGGCUACACCGUGGAGGUGUUGCGGCGUCGGCCGCCGGAUCUCCUCGACUUCGCCGCCGAUUACUUCGGUCGCCUGAGGGAUUCCCGCGACCAGCAGCUGCGCGAGGAGGCGGCCGCCAGGGGCAAAGGAGUCAUCUUCGACGGGGAGCCUAUGCAGACCGAGUCAAACGGCGAAGAGUCGAGGAGGGAAGCGGCGGCCGAGGAGGACUCAGACUCCGACUUCGAGCCUCCUGUUAUUAACAAGUUUAACAGAAGAGUAUCAGUCUGUGCGGAAGCCUUCAACCCAGAUGAGGAGGACGAAGAUACAGAGCCAAGGGUAGUUCAUCCAAAAACAGAUGAGCAGAGAUGCAGACUGCAGGAAGCCUGUAAAGAUAUUCUCAUCUUCAAAAACUUAGAUCAGGAACAAUUGUCACAAGUUUUGGAUGCCAUGUUUGAAAGAAAAGUGCGACCUCAGGAACAUGUAAUUGACCAAGGAGAUGAUGGAGACAACUUUUAUGUCAUUGAAGAGGGAUCAUAUGAUAUUUUUGUAGCACGAGAAAGCCAAACUCGCUGUGUUGGUCGCUACGAUAAUCAUGGCAGUUUUGGGGAACUCGCCUUGAUGUAUAACACUCCUAGAGCUGCAACUAUUGUUGCCACCACAGAAGGGGCCCUUUGGGGACUGGAUCGUGUAACAUUCAGAAGAAUUAUAUUGAAAAAUAAUGCAAGGAAAAGGAGAACGUAUGAAUUAUUUAUUGAAUCAGUACCUCUUCUUAAGUCACUGGAGCCAUCUGAGCGAAUGAAGAUUGUUGAUGUAAUAGGAGAAAAGACAUAUCAAGAUGGAGAACGCAUCAUUGCUCAGGGUGAUAAGGCGGAGAGUUUUUUCAUUGUAGAAUCUGGUGAAGUAAAGAUCAUGAUUAAAAGCAAGACCGUGACGGUAAAAGAUGCAAACCAAGAGGUAGAGAUUGCUCGAUGUCAAAAAGGACAGUAUUUUGGAGAGCUUGCACUUGUUACUAACAAACCAAGAGCAGCCUCUGCCUAUGCUGUUGGGGUAGUCAAAUGUUUAGUUAUGGAUGUGCAAGCAUUUGAGCGGUUACUUGGGCCCUGCAUGGACAUUAUGAAGAGGAAUAUAACACAUUAUGAAGAGCAGCUGGUGGCUUUGUUUGGUUCAAGCAUGGACCUGAUCAAUCCAGGCAAUUAGGCGCAGAGUGCCUUGAUGCCUUCUCAGUUCAAGACAUAGAAAAGUCUCCUAUUAGUAACAGCGCAGCACCACACAAAUGAAAAAAAGGACACUACGGGACAGUGGCUGUUGGUGUCUUCUUGGGCAUUUUUUUUAAAAGAAACCUACGCAGGUCUCAGCAUAGCUGGAGGGUUCAGGGCUCACUCCAGGCCUCCGCUUUGCUGCUGAAAUUUUGUUAUUAGACCUAGCCUACUGCUGAGUCUCUUAAUCCUCUUUUCACAUUGCUUGGUUCAGAAUGGCAUGUUUCUCCCAACAAUUCAAGUGCCUGAUACUAAAGAAAUGGAGCAGCCAAUUUGUUGUUCUUGUUAAAAAAAAGAAAGGAAGGAAGGAAGAACAAACUUUGAAAUCAGAAAUCUGGAUGGUUGGUGGCUGUUCCUACACUUGGAAAUAGCUCCCUUCUUAACAUUACCUUCUUGUUGACAGCUUUUUUUUUCCUCACACGAUCAAAAUCUGAUUUUAAUAAUGAUACAUUUGGAUUUGAAUGUCAAAAAGGAUGGGACAUUUGUAGGAACAGCAGGUUAACCAGUUCUGAGUCUUUCUUGUUCUUUUCUGGAAAUGGGAGUGUGGUUGUUUAAAGCUGAAGGGUUCCAAUGGAACCUGGUCGAUAAAUAAUGGACAGUGAAGUAAAAUGCUGAAUUGUGAGAUGUCUUAAGCAGAGUUUCAAGACUCCAGUGAGUUUGAAUCAUAGGUCAUGAGGUUCAGGGGCCGCAAAGGUUACGCAGAAGAUUUGCUGCUGUUUUCUAAAUUGGACUGAUUUUUGGCCUGCUGGGAAACAGCAGAAAUUUCUUUUAAAUUUCUGCUUAUGGAGAUUCUUGGUACUUCUAGAUUUUGCAUAGCAUUGCCAUUGGCAAAAUCUGUUUUAAUGCUUUUUUUUAAAAGAAAAAAGAAAAAAAGGGUUGGGUUUUUUUGUAAUUUAAGAAAUAUUUAUGUACUAAUGGGGUCCAUUAUACUGUAAUACUUUACAAUAUUAUAUAACUAUUGGAUAUACAGUUUCCAACUACAAUACCUAUUUGCUAAGUCCUUUUUGAAAAUUAACAGCAUUUUACUUCAAAAAUGAUUUUUUUAAAAAGCUAUAAUAGAAAAUAACCUCAUCUCUGGAGAAUUAACAUUGUAUUGGAGGCACUUUUUUGAAUGCAGAUUCAUUUAGCUGCAUUUCUCUAAGAUCUUGCUUGAAUCGGCAUAUAGCUGUCAGUUUAUAUAUAAUUAUUGAAAAGAAGUAACUCUUAAAUUUUACCCAAGUAUUAACCAUGUAAGAAAUUGCCAUAAAAAUAAUCUAAAUGUAGCAUCAGAAAUUAUUAGGGAAGAAGCUAUUGAUCCUGUAUGAAAUUGCAUCAGUUGCCAAUUCCAUUAUCAGUGUUUCUCAUCUUAUAUGUGUUUUAGGAAUAAAUUUUCAUUCAUUGUGGAUUUUCAGCUUAUAGAACAAGUCAAAAUUUAGUCAUUGUGCCAUCAAAAUUUGAUACAUAAUUCAGCCAUUCUGAAUUCCCAUUGGCAAUGCUAUAAAUCUAAUUCAUACGUUGCCUUUUAGCCUGGAGCUUGUUACCCCCUUUUUACAAUUUCUAUUCUGUGUUACUAAUUUAAGAUUUAAGUGUUUUAUAUGUUGUUGAAUCAGGAGAUAGCACUUGAAAAUAUUUUUUUUUCUUUUUAUAAUCAUUGCCGUUGAAAAAGUUACUGAAGCCCUGGCCAUCAUAUUUUGUUUCCCCCCCCCACCCCAAUAUAUAAAUUCAAACUUAGCUACAAUUUGAACAUCUGAGAAAAAAUGCUUUAUUUAUGUAAAGAUUUUACACCAAAGAUUUUAAAUGUAUGUUUCUCAAUUUGGGCAAAUUAUUACUUGGCUCUGGAUCUCAUAAAAGGGAUUGGUGAGAAAAGGUAAGUGGUACAGCCUUUAUUCUUGUAUAAGUAGCAAGUCAUUUAAAAAAAAAAACUCUUUAAGGCUUGGCCAAGUUACAGCUGAACCCAACAAAUGUGUUCUAGAACCACCAUUUUGGCCACAAAGGCAUUCCUUUCCAUUUCUUGCCCCAAGUUCUUUUGUGUCUUUUGUGAUGUAAUCUAACAGGUUAUACAAUUGGGGUAUCUCUCCUACCUAGUUAAUCUUCAGGAGCACUUGCUGGGGUUGGGAUAUUUUGAAGAGAAUUCUACAUUGGUAAGAAAGGAUCCAGGAAAAGUGAACUGAGGAUAUAUUCAAAGCCAUUUUCAAAUCGAAGUGAAUAGGAUGAAUUAGUACUAAUUUAUACAUGUUCUGCUUUAAAUGAAAACCCUAUAUUAUUUUGAAAGCAGACAAAUUGAAGGGCUGAUUUGCACAAUCCUAAACUGGGUUUAUCCUUUCAAUUGGUGCAAAAUCUUUUUAUCUAUGUGUGUUUGUGGCUGACCAACUGGUCAUACGAAUCACUUCAUUAUGAUAGUUGGUCACUGACAUUACUGUGAGUAUUGUUUGAGACUUCCAUCCUUAGGCCUAGUUGGAAUAGAUACUUUUAUCAUCAUCUGAUUUUAAUACAAGUUCAAUUUUUGGUUGAUUGUCGCAUUAAAGAAAUUAUUUUUUAAAAGAGCCAUUGGGAUCUGUCAGAGUAGAAAUUAUUUAUAAUGUAUAACUUAAAAUGAUUUGUUGUGCAGUAUUUGGAAUGAAAGCUAGAGCAAUCAUGUAAACAUCUGUUCCUUCCUUUGUGGAUUUCCCUUUCAUUUUGCAAAUCCAGCUGGAUUUCAGCAAGAACAGCUAUGAAUAAUUCAUUUCCAUCCUUGUAUCCUUCCUUUAUCUUGGCUUCAUUAACUUCUCAUGUUGCACAUCAUUUCAAAAUGUUGUGUAAUAUUCUUUCCUAAGGGCAAAUCUAGCAUUCAUUCGCAUAGGGUAAUUAGUGAUGUCUAGCUUUAAUAAGAGAACUCAGCAGCAAAGUGGCUAACUAGAGUGGUGUCUUCUGAGACUCUUUUUUAACUUAUAUAUCUUUUUUGAGGUUUCUGGGAAGAAUUUAUAGUGUCCUAUUCUUAAGAUAUGUCUACUGAUGUCACAGCACAAAUUUUCACAAUGUAUUAAAAUGAAAAAAAAAAUAUCUAAAACAAAUCGACAAGAAAGUGCAGCUUUGAGGGGGAAAAAAAACCUGACAUCCAUUUUGUCAUCUUUUUUUUUCUUGAAAUGUCUUUGUAAAAUUAGUUGGACAAAAAUGCAAGUUUUCUGGUCUUUUCCACUCCAGUUAUUAUUAUUAUUAUUAUUUUUGUGAAUACUGUGUGUGUAAGGCGAAUGUUUUCUGUUUGUUCUAAGCACAUGUUUCCUUUGAAGAGGCCUUUUCUGUGGGUUCUCCUUGAGCAGGCUGUAGGGCUAUGCUGGACCUUGAUCUUCCAGAAAAAAGAAAACGUAGACCCUAAACUAGCAGGAGCAUGACACAUCUUUACUGAGCCUAGCUAAAGCUUAAAACCAUGUGGAUUGCUGUGGAUGCUUUCCAGCCUGGUCCAAAAGGUGAUUUUAAUUUUGCAUAAAGAUGCUACCUCAAGGCUCUUAAGAGCUUUAAAUGUGUCUUGCCUGUGAGAAGGACACACAUUGAUUCUGAUAAGCUGUUCUGUUGCAUUAAGUAGGAGGGAUAUUUUCUGUCUUUUUUUGGGGGGGGGCGGAAUAUUUUAAAUCACUUUUACGUCUGCCACAUGAUUAUUUUCAAAGUGUGAGCAGUUUGCAGAGAGAUCUGUUCUUGCACUGUAGUGUUGCCCAAGAUGGGAAGAGAGUAUCUUCCACAUAAGACACUGGUCUCAUUCUGAUCUGAAGUUUGAUUUUACUUUCAACUAAUAAAAGCUGACAUACCAUGUCCAUCCUUUCUGACUACA